AUAUUUCCGAUUUACAGGAGGAGGAUCAACGUGUAGAAGGGGAUCAAGUUGUGGAAGUGGACACGUUUGACUCACUAGAGGGAGAAAGGCUACCUAAAGACCACAUUGAGCAGCAACUAGCCACAGCUUUGUUACAGUUGGAGUUUUUGGUACAAGUGCCAGGUAUUGCAGUUGAUGAGUUUUUACAGGAACUUCAUUAUUUACUCAACUCUGCCUCAGUUCAUACUGGUGUUGUAAGAGAUUUACUUGAGCGUCAUAAGGUCCAAUUUACAGAUGAUUUAGUUAAGGAUAUUACAUCAGCUCUUUGUACAUCCAAUCCAGUUUGUAGAGCUAUUGAGAAAGGUGGAUCUCUGAGCACUGUGCAUAGAAGGCUAAAGUACUACAAAGAAAAAUUUUGUGUUGUUGAGCCAGUCACUUACCUUCUUGAUAAUAAAAAAGCAACCUUUCAGUACGUUCCAAUAUUAAAAUUAUUACAACAAAUUUUAAAUUGCAAAGCUAUUCUAGAUAAGGUUAAUUCAAAUCAUAGAGGGAAGCGUGAGUUUAUUGUUGACUCCUCCUAUGAAUUUAAAUCUCCAGAGGAUGGCAAAUAUUUUAUUGAAAAUGAGUUAUUAAAUGCAGAUCAAGUCAGCAUUUCUAUUCGCCUGUAUGUGGAUGAAUUUGAGAUUUGCAACCCUUUAGGCACUUCUAGAAAAAAGCAAAAACUGUGUGGUGUUUAUUGGGUUUUGGGCAACCUACCACCAGGAUCUCACUCAGCUUUGUCCUCCAUUUAUCUUGCUGUCCUUUUCAAAAGUGUUGACGCAAAAGUUUAUGGUUUUGAGCAAGUGUUACAUCCACUUCUGCAAGAUCUUAAAACCUUGGAAACUUGUGGUGUGUUUGUCCCUUUGUUGGGCACAUCUCUUAAAGGUACAGUUCAGAGUAUUGUUUCUGAUAACUUGGGUGCGCAUACUAUCGCAGGCUUUGUUGAAAGUUUUUCAGGCGAUUUCUUUUGUCGAUUUUGUACAGCUAAGAGAUGUGAUGUUGAAUCUGACACGGUUGCCUGUGGUCGUUUUAAUCUUCGAACUAAAGAACUGCACAGUGAACAUAUAAAAACAGCUCUGGAGACAAAUAACCAUUGUUUGGGAGUUAAAAGAGAGUGCAUUUUUACUAAACACCUCACACAUUUCCACGUUCUGACCGGUUUUCCUCCUGAUGUAGCUCAUGAUGCCUUUGAGGGUGUUGUGCCAGUAGAGUUGGCUUACUGCUUGUCACAAUUAAUUUCAAAAAAGUUUUUUACUAUUGAUAAUCUAAAUAAAGCAAUAUUGACCUUUCCAUACAAGUGGUCAGAUAAGACCAAUAAACCUCACAUUGUGCCACAAAAUUUGUCUGCUCGCAAAACUGUAGGGGGAAAUGCCCACGAAAAUUGGAGUUUGUUGAGGCUUCUCCCUUUUUUGAUUGGACAUUUAGUACCUGAAAAUGAACCUGCAUGGUUGGUGUUGAUGGAUUUAAAAGAUAUUAUUGAACUUCUUGUUGCCCCAACACAUACUGAUGAAUCCAUUUCAUAUCUUGAAAGCAAGAUAACUGAACACAGACAAAGAUACAAAGACUUGUUUCCAGCUGCCAGACUUUUACCAAAGCACCAUUUUCUUGAACACUACCCUUAUUUGAUAAAGUGUUUUGGUCCUUUAGUUACACUCUGGACACUUAGGUUUGAGGCUAAACAUAGUUAUUUUAAAAACAUUGUGAAACAUACUAGUUGUUAUAAAAACAUUCCACUGACUCUAGCUUCAAGGCACCAAUUCAUGAUUGCAUUUCACCUGAACUCGCCCUCCUAUGGUAAAGCCUUUCUUGAUGUACCUAGUGUGUCCUCAUUUCCAGUGGAUCUUUUGAAUCAAGAAAUUGCUUUGGCUGUAAAAUCAAAAUACCCCGAUACAACUGAAGUUGAUCUGACUAAGGUUGCAUCUGUGAAUGGCAUUCAGUACAAGACGGGCAUGAUAGUUGUUCAGGGGUCAACUAGCGGAAUGCCAGAGUUUGCCGAGAUCAUGCAUAUGUGUGUCAUUAAAAAUGAGUUGCUCCUUAUUGUAAGGAUGCUAUGCGGAUGGUACACUGACCAUUACAGAGCCUUUGAAAUAACUCCUUCACCAACCAGAGAGAUAAAACUUGUGCAUUUAAAAGAUCUGGGAGACAUCUAUCCACUGGCAGAUUAUAUUGUUGGAGCAAGCCGAAUGGUGACCUUAAAAAGGCAUAUCAUUGUUAAAGGUUUGUUAAACUGCAUUUAACUUGUAGGUCUGUCAUUAUUAUAACUAAAUCAGGUCAUCAUUGGAUAGAAUAAAAAAUAACUAAUGUUUUUCAUGCCUUGAUAUUCAAGUUAAUUGCUUGUGUCUGUGUUUGAACAAGCAGCCAACUUAUUUAGUAAUUCCAUAUGUAUUUCUAAUACAAGACUGGUGCAAUGAAGACAAAAAUGUAUAAAACUUGUUUUAUAAAUGGGAUUAUAAAUGGAAUUUUUAAGAUACAAAAAUCAAAUGCAUAACAGUCUUGGGUUUAAAAGAUUUAAUAAUUAUUUUUUGACUGAAGUAGAAAAUGAGUUUUUCAGAUUAUUAGACCUAUAUCAUUCAUAUAUUUUUUGUGACUGGGAUUAAUUUUGAGCAGGUGAAGGACUGAUUGCACUAAACGGGGCAUCUCCCUUACAGUGCAGAUAGCAUAUGGCAUUGCUAUGUCCUUAGCACCAAAGAAAACUUUCAUCAAAGGCUAUAAACUCUGCACACCUCUAUUCACUGCAGGCACACAGGAGUGACAUGAAUUAGACUGGUUCCUGGCAUAUUUUUUUCUCCAAAAGAUGUUUUUGAGAAUAAUGAGAAGUUAUCAGAAGAUCAAAUCCGAUCUUUCAAAAAUAUAGAGAUUGGGCCACCUAUACAAUCAUGUAUUGUGAUUAGGACAU